AUGGAUCAGUCGUCUAUUAAACAUUUCGCUUGUGAGUCUAUAGACAAAGCUCUAAUAGCUCUUGAAUGGAGAAAAUGGAUUCGUUCAGUAAAGUUAUAUUUAGAUGCAGAAGAAAUUACAGAUGUUGUGAAAAUGAAAAAUAAAUUAUUACAUCUUGGAGGUCCGCAAUUGCAGGAAAUUGCCUUUGGCUUACCAGGCGCGGUUACAGAAUAUGACCCCACUAUUAAAAACGAUAUAUUUAAAGCAUUGGUGGAUAGACUUAAUGACCGUUUUUCGCCUCAACAAACCCCUUGCUUUGAGAGACACGUAUUUCGUAACAUGAAACCCGUAGAUGGAGAAAAUUUAAAUAGAUACCUUAUAAGAUGUAGACCACAGGCCGAUAAAUGUUAUUUUGGACAUUUUGCUAGAAGAUGUAGGACAGGAAAACUUAAACGUACAUUCGUUCAAAACACUACCUGCCACCCCAAUCCGCCGAAGACAAGAAGAAUUAAUUGCAUCGACGAAUCCAAUAACGAAAGUCUCCCUUCUACUAGUGGUAUCGGCAACUAUGAAUGUUUCGAAGUUACGAGUUCAACCCUACUUGGAUUGGACAGCAGCAAUGGAAUAAUCUCGGUGAUAAUUGGAGGUGUCAGUAUUGAUAUCUUAAUUGAUUCCGGAGCCUCGUGCAACAUUACAAAUGGACGUGAUUGGGAAAAACUACUCGGAAAUGGAGCUGCAAUACUUGACAUCCAAGAAGAUAUAACUAAUACGAUAAAAGCGUAUGCUGCAAAUACUCCGCUUAUUAACCUCACUGGUACAACCUCACUGCUGGGAAGACGCACAUCGAUAACCUUAGGGGUUUUAAAGUUGGGACUAGACUCCAAUAUUAAUCAUAUUGGAAAAAUCGAGCCUUUUCCAAAAGUUGCUAAUAUUAAAAUAAAACUCACCAUCAAUCCAAAUAUAAAACCAAUACAACAACCAGUGCGUAGAAUUCCAAUUGCCGUUGAAGAAAAAGUGGAACAGAAGCUGAAUGAAGCACUUGCCAGAGAUAUCAUAGAGCCCGUACAAGGACCAAGCCCUUGGAUUUCUCCCAUGGUCAUAUUCUUUAAACCAGAUGAUGAUAUUCGUAUUUGCAUCGACAUGAGGAGAGCCAAUGAAGCUAUACUUAGAGAGAAUUUUCCACUUCCCACUUUUGAGAGCUUCAUGACUAAACUGAGUGGGGCCACUUACUUUUCACGCUUGGAUCUAGCGAGUGCAUAUCCUCAACUAGAAUUGGAAGAAAACAGUCGACCAAUUACUACUUUUAUAAAACAUAAAGGAUUAUUUAGGUACAAGCGGCUAAUGUUUAGCAUAAAUUCCGCUCCAGAAAUAUUUCAGCGUAUAUUUCAAGGUAUUUUGGCUCCUUGUCAGAGUUGUCUCAACUACCUCGAUGACAUAGUUGUUUAUGGAGAAACUGAAGCUGAUCAUGACCGAUAUUUGAAUAACUUACUGACGGUACUACGAAAUCAUAACAUCUUGUUAAACGAAAAAAAGUGCCAGUAUAAGAUUAAACAAUUGGAAUUUUUAGGACAUAUUCUAACAUCUAUCAGAAUAUUACAGGACCCAAAGAAGAUUAAAGUUAUUCGUAACUUUAGUGCACCGUUAAAUAAAGGAGAAGUAAUUAUAAACAGCAAAGUUGACCCAGAGAUCCCAGAAGUUAUCGAGAAAUUGGCAGGCAAUUCAUGGAACCUAAAUGACAAAAGCGCGUACUACUCCUUUCGAAUGGAGCUCACUUCCAUGGGACCACUACUACUAAGAGGAAAUAAAAUAGUAAUCCCGAGAAAUCUGCGAAUUCAAGUGUUGAGGCUAGCACAUGAGGGCCACCCCAGAGCAUCGGUGAUGAAUCGAAGAUUACGUUCAAAAGUCUGGUGGCCACAGAUAGACAAGGAGGCGGAAAAAUACGUUAAAAGCUGUCGCGAGUGCCUACUUGUAUCAAAACCGAGCAGACCUUCACCAAUGGUAAGACAAAUGCUUCCUUCAGGACCAUGGCAAUACUUGGCAAUUGAUUAUAUGUCGGGAGACCCAAAUCAAGAUAACCUACUGGUAAUAAUCGAUUAUUAUUCCCGUUAUGUAGAACCAAUUUUUACAAAAUCAACCACAUCGUCAACGGUCAUUAGAGCACUUGAAACGACCUUCUGUCGAUUUGGUCUACCAAAAACUAUUAAAGUAGACAACGCUACUAAUUUCAAUAGUGAAGAAUUCAAAAAAUUCUGCGAAAUAAAUGGCAUUGAGAUAGUGAAUUCUCCUCCUUAUUGGCCGCAGGCAAAUGGGGAAGUGGAAACUAUAAAUAAAUCACUAAAGAAACGGCUACAAAUCAGUUACCUGAACAAUGAGCGCGAUUAUCAAAGGCAGAUUAUGGACUAUAUUACGAUGUAUAAUGUUACACCUCAUGGAACAACAGGAAAGUCCCCGUCAGAACUUUUAUUUAACAGAAGAAUAAAGGACAACAUUCCAUGCCUAGAAGAUAUAAAUAUAGAAACGUUGGACGAAGAAGUUUAUGACCAAGACCUAGUUCAAAAAGAUAAAGGAAAAAGAAGAGAAGAUAGCAGAAGAAGAGCAAAUGAAAAGAAAAUUAAACCAGGAGACAAAGUCGUGGUAUAG